AUGCCGUUUCCUUUCCUCAAUGUGACUGAGCGGGUCGAAGUCCUUGAUGACCUUUUUCGGUUCACAGCAUUCUCUGCCGCUCCAUUGCUACUCCUGGAGAGUUUCAUGAUGGGUAUGCUCUGCGCAUUCGUUCCUCUCGGAACAUACGGGCUUUGGAUCAAUCCGCACUCCGUUCACCGGUUACCUUUCACCUCGAUACUUUGGGUCGUCCUUGUCUUGGUCACCAUGCACUGGGCACUGUCGUUGAAGCAGCUUGAAUCAACUUUUAACGGACGCUCGAUGGGGAUCUUGCUUCCGAACAUUCCCCAAGAAGUAGAAGACGGUUCGACUGGGGACGGUUUCACCUUUCGCGUUCUACAUAACGGGUUCGGAGAGACGGGGCAAUGGGUUCUGACUCUCGUAUCAGAGACCGCUCUUUUUGGAUAUUCAUCAUCUGUUUUUGCGUGUACGGCUUUCGCGACGCUUUGGCAGAUUCGUUCACUGCGUCGCUCGGGGUAUGCUUUGGUGAUGCCCAUCGUGGCUGCGGUGAUGUAUGCCAUGUCUUUGACUCACUGGGCCUUCGCCCUUCAAGCAUAUAUUAUGCUGGCCGACACCUCCGAUCCAUUGUAUGAAGGGGACUUUUCAUUCGAUCUGGAGAUGUUCUACAACAUAAGCCUUCUAGUGUCACUCUCUAUCAACGUUAUCAUGAGUGACGCUAUUGUACUGUGGCGUAUGUGCAUUGUGUGGGAGAAGAGGCGUCCUAUCAUUGCUUUCGCUGCCGUAUUGCUUGCCACGACGCUAGCGCUGAGUUUCUUGAAUAUCGCAAGCAAUGCCUCAACUGCCAACUUUGGCUUCAACGGCGAGGACUCGGAAAUCCUCCAUGCGGCAUAUGCACAGACCACUAUUGGGCUCUCUACGGCGUUCGUGUCGUUAAUGAGCAAUGCAUGCGCGACGAUACUGGUUGGAAUAAAGGCUCUAUUGCACAGAAGGUCGUUUCCCAAAUACUUUCGCUCGGAGAACGGACGUACACGGGUCGAACGUGUGCUGGAGCUCCUUGUAGAAUCAGGCGUGGUAUAUACCAUCAUCUGGCUCUUAUACUGUAUCAGCUUUCUAUGGCCGAUCGCCGUCUACAACAUUUUCGGAGAUCCUUCGGACCCCUCUGAACCUAAGUAUGAGGUCACUGCUGCUGCUCAUCUCGAUGCGAUCAUGGCGCAGAUUACGGCCAUCUACCCCCUCAUUGUCUUCCUCCUAGUCGCGCUCGGCACGAUUCAUCACUCGCGUGGGCCUAUAGUUCUCAGUGGUGUUAUACAUGGUAAGGAAGGACCAAUAGUGGAGGUACAAGCCAUCGAUGCCGCUGUUACGGUCACCUUCGAGGUCGACAUCGAGCGCAGUGCGAUGGGUUCUGCAUUCGCAUUCGAGAGCGAUGAUGGUCGAGCUUCCGCCGGAGAGAACGAGGAGACGAAGUGA